AUGCAUAAGAAAAGAUCAAGAGUCGAAACAAGAGAAUGUAACUCACCAAAAAAGAUUUUAAAAACUAAGAAGACAACACACGUUUUGAACGAUAAAGAUAUAAAUUCACCGAUUAAGAGAAUUUCAACCUGGAACAAGAAUACUCCUGAUGAAAAUAAAACAAAAAAGCUUCCAAGAGGAACCGGAAAUAUUAUUUCCAUUCCAAAUAAUCCAAAUAGAGAAAAUAUACUUUUACAGCAGAAGUUAAAGUCGAAGUCAAAGACUGAAGUGAAUAGAUACCAAAACUUGGAAGGCGUCUCCAAUAAACAGUAUACUUCCACAAUGGGAAGCACUCAAUACCUUCCAUCGUUAGUUCCCCUAACUAGGAUUUCCGAAGAAGAGUCUCUGAUAUUUGAGGAAUUCGACCAACCACCAGAUUCAACGUCAACUCCAGUACCGUUAAUGUGUAGUUUGCAAGAAAUGAAGGAGAAAGACAUAUUUGAGAGUACAAGUCAGGAAAGUCAAAUAAGUUAUUUGUCUCAAUAUAAGAGAGUAUCGUUAAGUAAACAAAGAGACCAAAACACAUCGAGUUCCUCCUUUAACAACUUACAGUAUCAUUCAAUACCAAAGCAAGAGCAAGAUGCAUUCCCACAACAAACGACAGACCCAUUUUACAAACCAAUUCAUUUUUUGCCUGAAAUUCAAGAAGAGAGAAAUAUGUCUGCAAGCUGCAAAGGGGAAAAAGGAAAAGUUCUUAAAAAGGAGGACCUUGCGUACCCUUCUUAUCAAAUUCUGGUAAAGAGUGAUUUUCAAAAUUUAACUCCUCCACCACUUCCUGAGUCUUACCCCCCCUCGAUACAUUUCCCAAUUAAACAACAGUCCGUUCCCACAACAGUUGAUGAUACCACAACAACCACUACCUACCAAUCCAGCGGUAGUGGUGAAACAUGUAUUUAA